AUGUUGGGAAUUGAACCCUCCCCUCUGGUCAAACCAACAAAGAAUCCAAAAGGUCUUGAAGACAAAUUAUUAGAAUUGCAUAGCAAGGGUAAGAAGCCAGCUAAUUUGGAUGCGGUGCGUGGGCUUUUGGCCAAGGCACUGAAAGAUGCCACUCAUGGGACCUAUAAUAGUGGUUGGCCUGGCACAAAGACCAGUGAGACAUUGAAGAACUUGGGUGUUGUCUUGAAGGUCAAAAAUAAUAGUCACGGUGUCACCCCUCAGGAUUUUUGUGGUCGUCCCUCCAAUAUGGACAAGGAUCAAUUGAAGCAAGUUUUAUGUGCAUUUGGGGAAGGUUGGGUUGAGAUGACUGGACCACCAUCUCCUCAAGCGGAUAAGAUUGGCGGUGUCAUGGAAGAUGAGGAUAGUGACGAAACUGGAAGAAGCAAGGCGGGAGGCGCAAGAAAUUCUCAAGCUAAGAAGGCACUAGGAGCGGGCAACACAAGAAAGUCUUGA